CGUAGAGACGAGUCGCAUCCAACAGUGGUCCUAACAACAGCAAACCUUCCGUAAAAUUUCAAGAAUCGCGUGCCUAAACGAAAACAAAGCCCGAAACGUGUACUUGGAUUAGUUUGUGUUAGCACGAUUUUCUCCAAGUAGCCAAAAGAUUUCGGAAUGUCGAUCGUCUCGGGGCCCAAAUACGAAGCCUAUUGGUCAGGCCAGGCUUCAAAGUAUGGAAAUCAGACAGUGGCGGACAAGGUUCCAACGGAUAUGAUGCAUCUAAUCGACGCUCACUGGUAUCAGUUCCCGCCGUUAAAUCCUUUAUGGCACGGGAUUCUUGGCAUGGUCAUCGGAAUACUUGGUUUGAUCUCCGUAAGCGGGAACGGCAUGGUCGUAUACAUAUUUCUUUCGACGAAAAGUCUUCGCACGCCGAGCAAUAUGUUUGUCAUCAACCUCGCCAUCAGUGACUUCCUCAUGAUGUUUUGCAUGUCUCCGCCCAUGAUAAUCAAUUGCUAUUACGAGACAUGGGUGCUCGGACCUCUCUUUUGUGAAAUCUACGCGAUGUUGGGCUCCUUGUACGGAUGUACCUCCAUAUGGACAAUGACAUUGAUCGCAUUCGACAGAUACAACGUGAUCGUCAAAGGUUUAGCUGGUAAGCCGCUGACCAUUAACGGAGCUCUUCUCCGUAUACUGGGUGCAUGGCUCUUCUCUUUGAUAUGGACGGUCGCGCCUGUGUUAGGCUGGAAUCGAUACGUACCAGAGGGUAACAUGACCGCAUGUGGCACCGAUUACUUCAGCAGAGACAUAGUAUCCGUCUCUUAUCUGGUUCUCUACAGCCUUUGGGUAUAUUUCGUCCCGUUGUUCCUCAUAAUUUACAGUUACUGGUUCAUCAUCCAAGCGGUCGCUGCUCACGAGAAGAAUAUGCGCGAGCAAGCCAAGAAAAUGAACGUAGCUUCUCUACGAACGACCGACGGUCAAAACACCAGCGCCGAAUGCAAACUCGCAAAGGUUGCUCUCAUGACGAUCUCCUUGUGGUUCAUGGCUUGGACUCCGUAUCUAGUCAUCAAUUUCGCCGGUAUAUUCAAUCUCCUUAAAAUUAGUCCGCUCUUCACCAUCUGGGGCUCUCUCUUCGCUAAAGCCAACGCUGUUUACAAUCCGAUUGUCUAUGGAAUUAGCCAUCCGAAAUAUCGAGCGGCCCUGUUUCAAAAGUUCCCAUCGCUGGCGUGCGCCGCCGCGCCAGCAGCAACGGAUGCGACAUCUACUGUUUCCGGUACCACCACUGUUGCCGAUUCUGAGAAAGCGAAUGCGUAAAACAGCCACGUUUCUGCGUGAAAUAUCUUAUGCAACACGCAUGUUUUCACUUACCGAGCCGUGACAGAAAAGGUCAUAAUCGAUCCCAGAUUAAUCAACACUAGGAUUAAUGAUGAUGCUGAGUUUAAUUACAGACACGAAUUGUAAAUAUUAACGCCGGUUGUCGUGUUAAGAAAUCUUUUUGUACGAGUUACGGAAACACCGGAUGUUCGGGUUGGAAAGAAAAUGAAUAGAAUCGAAUGGGUUCGGAAGAGAGAAACCGUCAUCAAACAGGCGCGCAUCCAUCUCGAUGUUAACACUCCGAGUAUAUACGCGGUAUAUGGAAUUGUUCCAACAUGCGGCAACAAAUGAGCAAUCUUUUAAUUCUCCAUGAUCGAUGAACGUGUGAUUCCCAUUAGCACCACAAUGGCGAAUCAUUUAGCAUCGAGACAUGGGUAACGAUUGAAAUUUUGUACAUUUCACGCCGCGGCAAUAUACAUGGUCACUUUGGUAUAGCAGGUACUAGAGCUCUAUAUGUUUACCAGUUUAGUAAGCAUGUAUCAUACUAUCGCGAAAUAUGAUG